UAGCAGUGCGCUCCUUUACACCAAGGAGUCUUUAUCUCCCGCUGCGUAGAUACAGAGAUCAAAGGACGGCGAGCUGCAAGAACCCGCCGAGAAACGUGAGCGAACGUUUUCUGCAAUGCCGAUCUCAGCCGUGAUGUCACGGCCUCCCAGAAACGAUAUUUUGAGCAAAAGUUAUUGACCGCACGCAGGCCGCCAACCUUUCACCCAUGGAUAAAUUAGUCUACAGUGUCCUCGUUUCCACCAAGUAGUCUUUGCAUAUUUCCUGCCGAGAGAGAGAGAGAGAUAUCAAAAGAUGGCGAGCUCCCAAUGCUACGAGAACCCACCGACCCUGAACCCGGCUAGUGGCCAAGGUUGCGUGGUGGACGACCUGGGGGGCCUCAAGGCCUACACCGCCGGCCCAUCAGACUCCAAACUCGCCAUCCUCCUUGCCGCCGAUGCCUUCGGAUAUGAAGCACCAAACUUGAGGAAACUGGCAGACAAAGUUGCAGCUGCUGGAUUCUUUGUUGUAGUUCCUGAUUUUUUUCAUGGAGAUCCAUAUGUACCAGAUCAGAAGCCUGUGAAAACAUGGAUUGAAAGUCACGAGAAGGAUAAAGGGUUUGAAGAUGCAAAAUUGGUAAUUGAGGCUUUGAAAAAUAAAGGUGUGUCUGCAAUAGGGGCUGCUGGAUUUUGCUGGGGUGCCCAGGUAGUUGCAGAAUUAGCAAAGUCUGGUUACAUUAAAUCUGCAGUUAUGCUACAUCCCUCAUUUGUGACUGUUGAUGACAUCAAAGAGGUUAAAUGCCACAUUGCUAUAUUUGGAGCUGAGAUUGAUAAGACCUCUCCACCUGAACUGUUGAAACAGUUUGAGGAGAUUUUGUCCCUCAAAUCUGAGGUCAAUAGUUAUGUAAAGAUUUUCCCUGGUGUUGCACAUGGAUGGACUAUGAGAUAUGAUACCAGUGAUGAAACGGCCGUGAAGAAAGCUGAAGAGGCUCAUCAAGGCAUGUUAGAGUGGUUUGCUAAGCAUCUUAAGUAAGAAAUCACACUGUGUGAACAUUCAGUGGCAGAUUAACAGACCAUUCCUACAUAUUAUGACAAAGGCUAUGUAUAAUUGUGGAUUUGUGUGCUAUUUUAUAUGUUGAGCUCCUAGUCAAUGUUUCCUGAACUUCAUGGUUGCAAUCAAUAAUACCUUCUAUACCUUUUCUUAAUAGGUAUUUGUAGUUGGACAUGUAAUGAUGUUCUUUAGGAAAGUGAAGCAUGAAGAAGAUUAGAUAUGAAAUAUUCCAUCUAAUAACAAUUUAAGAGUUUUGUACUUUUUU